AAUCCUUUACAAAUGGUUCUAAUUUACAUCAAAAUGAUAAAUCCCUCAAUAAAAUCAAGUUUAUAUGCAGCUCCUGUCGUCAAGUGUGAACACGUAAAGAUAACCUCAUCAGACAUACCUACUCAUGAAGAACAUCCCUUAAUUCGAUCAAUAAAAACUGAAAAACGUUCAAACAUUCAAUGCGAAAUCAAAGAAAAUGAAAUGUAUCAAUAUUUCUCAACAGAGAACACAGAAAACUUCUACAGUAAUGAUGCAAAAAAAAAGGCUCGUAUGGAACUAGUUAAAACAUCGGGAUUUGUUGAAACCAAAUCAUCACACGCUCGUAAGAGUUUGAUAUUACAAGAAGAAUAUCGAUAA